UGUGGGGUUGGGAGGAGAGGAAGCGGUUUGAGUAAGCAAGUGUCCAAGGGGCCGAGUGGGCUUUUGUUGUCUCAAUCACAUCCCCAGAGUUAGAGGGUGGAGAGGAGGGUUAGAAAUCACCUGAGCAGGCCGCUGGGGUUCAGGGCAGAGAGGUACUCCAUGGUGGCGGGAAGGAGUAGGGGAGGUUGCCUCUCCCCAGUGAGUUCUGGGUUGGGUGGGUCUCUGCUGUACUGGGGCUGAAAUGUUGGUGUUUUCUGUUACACAGCUGAUAUCCCAGCCCCAGUCAAGUGGGGAAUGAGUCAAUCCUGGACUCUGGACCCUCUGCCUGGCCUAUAAGAAGGACAAAGUCCAAGAGGAGGGAGCGGGGGAAGGGCCUAGAUGGGGUCCUGGAUGAAGGAUUGAGGCCUAGACUUGCCCAGAAAAAGCCACAGAAGCUUGUGUGUGUUUCUGGUGUGGGCAUGUAUUUUGAGAGUAAAUGGGAACUAUAUAAGAGGAUGGCUUGUAACCUCUGGUGUUUUUUCUUUGGAAGAAUGUUUCCAGGGAGUUUUCUGGCUCCUAUCUGAGAAGCUGCAUUCUAUGAGAGCAGCGCUGUAUGUGCUGCCACCUACCGGAAAAACCAUAAGCUGCAGCUUAGGGGAAGGGAGGCAGGGGCUUGGAGAAAAUGAGGGUGUGCUUGGGUGGGGUGUGAGGAGAGACUGGCUUUGUCUGUGUCCACUGAAGUCAGGGUGUCUCCUUGAAGCCUAGUCACCAGGAUUCUGUCUGGGAUCCUGACCUUCCAGCUGUCCUCCUUCCUCCUUGGCCCAGGGGAGGGGCUGGCUCAACAUCUCUCUCACGUCAUUCACCAGAACCGCCUGCUUCAGCCACACUUGACUAGUCAUUUUCCCUCUCACCUUUCUCCUUUUGCCGCUUACUUAUUGUGCAUGAAGGAGAUGCAGAUUUUGGGGGGAGGGAGGAGGAGGUGGAGCUCCUUCGAUGGCAGCAGGACUUCAGCUCUUGGUGCCCUGUGUCCUUUAUCUCUGAUUUCAGCUGUAGCUGUGACGGACAGUUGUGUGGAAGCGCAGACUCUCACACACGGUGAAACCCUUAUCUGAGCACAAGUCUGUUUUCCUGCCUGGGAGCCUCAUCUGAAGCUGAGGCAGCUCACUCAGCCUCUGACGAAUACAAGCUGGAUGUGUGUAUGGGGCUUAAAGCCUCUGGGGCAACCCUCAAACAAUGGGAGCUGGGGGUAAAUGCCCCAGUCUUCUGUCUUUCUGGAAGGCACUCUGUAUGCUUCUUGGAAGUUUCCAAUGGCUCUUUCUAAUGGAGACCCUGGUGGUGUAGUGGUUGGGUGCCACGGCUGCUAACCAAAGGGUCGGCAGUUCGAGUCCGCCAGGUGCUCCUUGGAAACUAUCAAGCAGUUCUACUCCGUCCUGUAGGGUCACUAUGAGUCAGAAUCGACUCGACAGCACUGAGUUUGUUUUUUGUUUUUUUUUCUUCCUUAUCUUACCCUGCGCCCUGAGCUGAACUCCCAAAUUCAGGAUUACUUGUACCUAAGCCUUUAACCCAGACUCUGCUUGGACAAUGCUCCUGGUGUCCUGGCUUCCAGGGAACCCUCAGUACUGGCUAUUGGCUGGGCAGAGUACUUUCAUUCCCCUUCCUUCAACUCUAUCCAUCUCUGAGGUCCCUCUGAAAUCUCUUCAUUUCCAAGCUUUGCUUGACCUCUCCAUCAGAGAGGGCUUUUUCUUCCCACUGCACUCUGCUUUAUUCCUGCCUGGUGCCCUGGUGCAGCAAGGCAGUGUGGUCUCUUCGCAGUUCUGUGCUGACUCCCCAACCAAGUUAUAAGCUUCUUACACCUCUGUGGUUCUUCCUGUCCCCACACCCCACCCCAGAAGGUGGAGGCUGGGGGGAUUGGUACCAGAGCUGGGAAAGGAAUGCAAGCAGAAGCAAGACCUAGGAUCAGGAUUCAGCAGGAUGCCCCUACUCGCCUCCAUGAGCCCUGAGCCCUAUCUGUACUUCUUCAGCUGAUCCUGUUUCCAUGUGGAGGCAGGCUCUCACUCGCCUAUACCUGUUAGAGGUGGGAAGGAGUGGGAUGAGGGAGGGGCCCCAGAAAAGGCACAGGAUGAGCCCGACCUAGUCCCUCCCCAUUCUCACCUCACUCUCUGCAAAUGUGACAGGCACAGGACUGGAAUAGGCACCUUGCCCUCCACUGCUUUGCCUUUCAGCUUCGCCAGGCCUCUUGUGGGCUCCCAAACUUGCUUGCUCCCAGCUGGGUAAGUGGAUCUGCCGUUGUACCUUUACUACCCCCUGGACGAAGGAGGGGCCAGGCUAGAGGGGUGGAGGUAGUAAUAGCCUGGGAGUCAGGACAGGGGGUCUGGUUCCCACUGGGCUCUGGGAAGAAACCAGGAGUUGAGGUCAGUUGUGUGGGAGCAGGGAAUCUGGGUUCCAAGAAGGAGUAGGGCUUGAGUGGGACUGGGGUCUUCAAGGCAGUCAAAGGCCCCAGACAGAAGAGAGGCAGGCUGCAGGGGGCUGUGGGGAUGCAAAGUCCCGUCUCCCCUGAUAUUAGGCACCUUCUAUGGCACCUUCCAGCCCCCCACAGCGCACAAGAAUGCCCUGCUACAGUUUUCCGGGGAACCAGACGCUACUGAGCUCGAAGGCCUCAAGAGCCACAGGCACCGCCUUCCUGCUGUUGGCGGCACUGCUGGGGCUGCCCGGCAACGGCUUCGUUCUGUGGAGCUUGGCUGGCUGGCGGCCUGCAGGGGGGCGACCACUGGCGGCCACACUCGUGCUGCACCUGGCGCUGGCUGACGGCGCGGCGCUGCUGCUUACGCCGUUCUUCGUGGCCUUCCUGGUGGGGCAGGUCUGGCCGCUGGGCCCGGUGGGCUGCAAGGCUGUGUACUACGUGUGCUCGAUCAGCAUGUACGCCAGCGUCCUGCUCACCACCCUGCUCAGCCUGCAGCGCUGCCUCGCCGUCACUCGCCCCUUCCUGGCGCCCCGGCUGCGCAGACGGGCCCUGGCCCGCCAUCUGCUGCUUGCCGUCUGGCUGGCCGCCCUGCUGCUCUCCAUCCCGGCCGCCGUCUACCGCCAUCUCUGGCCUGACGACGUGUGCCAGCUGUGCCACCCGACGUCGAAUCACGCCGCCGUCCAUCUUGGCCUAGAGACCCUGACCGCCUUCGUGCUUCCCUUCGGGCUGGUGCUCGGCUGCUACGGCGUGACGCUGGCUCGGCUGCGAGGUGCCCGCUGGGGUGCCGGGCGACACCGGACGCGGGUGGGCCGGCUGGUGAGAGCCAUCGUGCUAGCCUUCGGCUUGCUCUGGGCCCCCUACCACGUGGUCAACCUUCUGCAGGUGGCCGCUGCGCUGGCUCCGCAGGAAGGGACCUUGGCGAGGCUUGGCGGGGCAGGCCAGGCUGCGCGGGCAGGAGCUACGGCCUUGGCCUUCUUCAGCUCUAGCGUCAACCCUGUGCUCUACGUGUUCACCGCCGGGGACCUGUUGCCCCGGGCAGGUCCCCGUUUCCUUACUCGGCUUUUCGAAGGCUCUGGAGAGGCACUAGGGAGUGGCGGUUCAAGGGAGGGCACCAUGGAGCUCCGAGCUACCCCUCGGCUAAAAGUAGUGAGGCAGGGCUGGAGCAAUGGGGACCCUGGGGUUAAGGUGGAGAGGGACACUUAGGGAUGGGCCCUUUGACACCAAACUCUACACCUGGGCUUGCCCUUUCCCAGCCCCUUCCAUUGCCCUUAGGAACUCAGGGAACCACCUGGACAUUUAGGGAACACUUCUCUGACCACAGUCUGUCUGGGCAGAAUUAUACACCUAGGGCAGGCACAGGUUUCUCCAUACUGAGGCAUUGUGAGGGUGCUGACGGUCUGUGUUAAUAAGUGUCGUGUGCUUGCAGGUUGACAUGUACCCAUGUGCCAGCACUGCUUGGUUCUUGCCAAUAGCUAUGUGAAAUACAUUGGUCAUCUAUUAGGCGAUGGCUUUAGAGUUUGCUCCCCCUGGUGGUUCAUCAUGCCUGAGUUGUACUGAAGCCCACCUGGUUCUUUGGUUGGGCCAGGCCAGGGCUAGGCACUGCCAGCCUUCAGUGGCAUCUUGGCCUGCCCUCCCCAGCCCAGGUGGCCUGGUUCCCUGACACUUUUGAGUUUGGGGAUGUAGGGGACAUCCAUGUGCACACAUAUGUGGUCACUAGGGUGACCAACUUGUCCAAGUUUGCCCAUGACUUGCCCAGUUUUAGCACUGAAAACCCUGCAUCCCAGUAACUCCCUCAA